AAUGCAAUGUUGGGUUUGUUUCUUACCCUUUUGAAACUAUGGAACAACAGCGUGUUCACCUGUCUUUCUUUACAAUGUUUUUAUUUUUAUGUUUUUAAAAGUUAUCAUUCUUUCUUUGUUUUUUGAUACAAUAAUUCAGACGUUUUUUUAGAAGGUUAUUUUGUAUGUACUCUCUAAGCAGACACAUCUGCCACUCAUCCAACACGAUAUAUAUCUUGUCACCUUAGCUCCUUGAAGUAACUAUCAACGUGGCAAACACAACAGUGGGAACCUUUUUGAAGAUAAAAACAACCCUGACCAUGACUUCAAUACCAAAUACAACAACCGCAACACCAAACGUAGGAGAGUAUGAAGAUCCUACAAUACCACCUUUUCCAGCAAAAGUGACUAUGAUCAUAGCAUACUGCUUCAUAUUUCUUCUUGGAACUAUUGGAAAUGCUACAGUCGUUUACAUUGUUGCAAAAAGUCCACGCAAGAGGACCAUGUCAGAUACACUGCUGCUGUCACUGUCUGUAAUUGAUCUCCUCGGCUCCAUUAAUGUACCGUUUAUUAUGAUUUACGAUCUACUUUACACACAAUGGUAUUUUGGCUCAGUUUUAUGCAAGAUUAUACCUUCCAUGAACACGUUCACGUUAUGCGGUUCUGCGUGGUCAUUGGCAUUCAUAGCAUUGGAUCGGUUAAGAAUUAUUCUCUUUCCAUUCAACGCAAGAGUUUCGCCAACCAAGAAGGUUGCUACAGUCAUAUUAAUAUGGCUGAUAGCCAUCGUUAUAACAUUUCCAUACGCAAAUAACCACGUUGCUGAUGAAACUGGGUGUUGGGCUCGCUAUGAUUCUCUCAACAAUCAGUACGUUUAUGUGGCCAUCUUUUGCAUCGUAACCUGUGUUAUUCCAACGAUAAUAAUGACAAUCUCGUAUGUAAUAUCAACUUUAAAAAUGAAAAAAACAGUCAAAGUACAAACAACCAGAAAAGCAUCUGUAGUACGAAAAGAACAAAGUCAAAGACUUACCAAAAUGUUCGCUUUAAUUGUUGGUGUCUUCGUUAUAUUAACAACGCCAUAUCUUAUAUUCCUUUUUACCUUUAUGUAUUACGCCACAUAUCGUUUGGAAACGUUUAUGGAACAUAGGGUGUUACUUUCUGCAUUAAACUACGCCCUGUUCACUUUCGCAGCUUUUAACUCUUGCGUGAAUUGUGUUAUCUAUGCUAAGAUGCACACUGGAGUUAAGACUUUUUACAGAACCAUGCGAAGAAGUGUGAGGACAGCCUCUGUGAUAUCUUCACUUAGUCAAGACAACACCGCUGUAACACACGAAACUGCUGCAACAAUAGAUCGAGCACGAAAGAAGUCAAUCAUACCGAUGUGAAACUUAUGGAAAAAGAUUGCAAACUAAUAUUUAAGUAGUAUAACGAAGUAUAAACAAUGUGUAUCUAAUUAGCAACUCAUUAAAGUGACUUCUGAUCUAUCAACUCAAGUAAAUUCCAAGUAAAUUUUAUCCAAUACAAGCUAAUAGCCUGUUUAGAUAUAUUUAUGUUAAAAAGGAAUAUAUAAAAUUUUAAGGAAAUAUUUCACGAAAUGAAAAAGUCAAAUGUAUAUGUAAGAAUAAAAUGAUUCUCAGUGCUUAUUA